AAGCGCGGCGCAAAAGACGUUCGAUUUGUAUGGGGCAGGGGCCCGUCAGGCGCUGCGAUGCUCUCCCGACGGCGCUUUCGGCAAUCGAGCGCAGGUGGCGAUGGAUCGAUCGAUCGAGCUGAAGCACACCAUCGAAAUCUUUGGAGUUCUCGAGGAAUUUUAGGAGUUUCUCGCAUUUCAAAAGUUGCCUCUGCUGCUGCUGUUGCUGCGACAGCGACGUGCACGGCUGUCGAACGCAGGUAGCAGAGGAACUCAGAUUUCAAAAUUCAGGAGUCGCGGAAGGUGUCGUGCACCGAGGAGAGAUGCCCGGGGUCAAACGGCACGGAGUUUGAGCACUGUCACCGUGAGUGAUCAUGGGGAGGAUCCCUUUGCCGCUCAUCCGGACAAUCGGGCGCAUUUCAGCAAUUCGAUAUCCGUCUGCCUCUUCUUCUUUUAUUGAUAGCAGUGCAAGGAGUGUCUUGCAGCGGAGGUCUUUCUCGAGGACAUUUGAUUCCCACGGUGUUGAAUCGUUGGAGCAGGAAACGGAGAUCAAAGCCGGAUGGAUGCUCAAGGGAAUAGCAGCCGUAACUUUAACUUACGUUGGCCUCAAUGUGUUCCCUCUCAUGGGAGAUAGCAUGGUGAAGCACUCUGUUGCACUUUUACGCACACAAGAUCCUUAUUUCAAGAGGAGUGGUGCUUCCAGGUUGACCUUGAUUGCCACUGACGAUGGGCGGAGAUUGAGGAUAGUAAAUGCUGGAGGAGUAACGGGUUUGGCGAAUAUGUUGGAAUCAGCUUCUGAUGAUGACACUCGUCGAGAAGCUGUCAAAGCUCUAGAUACAAUAUCGCAAAUAGAUGCUGCUGUAGAGGCAUUGGAUGCAACAGGUGUGCAACCCCUGCUUGCAAACCUGGCCACUUCUUCCCUCGAUAAGGAAGCGCAACAGUAUGCCGCAAGUUUGCUCGAGAAAUUGAAUCAGUGGAAAACCAAGGAUGUCUGAUGGAUUUUGUCACUCAUUCGUCCAGAAAUGGCUUGCAAUUUUCGAUGCCACCAUUUUUACCUUCCUGCCCGGCAAGUUUGAAUACGAGUGAGUGGACCCAAAUUGUGGACCCUGCUAUGGGGUGCAUGCCUGCAUCGCGGAUCAGCAUUUCGUCAUUCGAGGUCAAUGAAGUUGCUUGGAAAUGAGCUGAAGUAACUCAUUCGAGAAACAAGAGCUAUAGAAGAGGCUAGUAUCCGCAAAACAAAAGGAUCUAUUUGAAGUCAACUUGCCUGUAGUGAACAGUCUCGGAAACUUCACAUUUUUACGGAAAUAAAAGACACUUGCGGCGGGCGCUGGAUAUGGAAGCUUGAACUUACGGUUUUCGCAGGGAAAACGCUGCCGGAUCUGCUGCUCCGCCGCCUGCAGUUCUGGUUAGGGGUUUUCAGUUUAUGUUGUUGUCAGGUGUGAAGGACUCCACCCAUUAGUUGUUUAUGAAGGACCAGUUUAAAAUAUAAAACUGAGCAUCGGUCCUCGAUAUGAAUGCAUCCAGAAGAAGGGCUGGAGGAAGAGCUUGUGGUCAUGGAGCAAAUCUCGCAGCUGUAUCCAAAUCACAGCUUGUCUCUAGCGAAUCAAUUCUCCUUUUUUUCUCGAACGAAUUCAUUAUCCUUACCGUACUUUGACCGCUGGAGCCGUAUUAUGAACGUUGCCACCUGUCACUCAAAGGAUAUAUAAGAAUGCGUACUCCUUUCUUAUGUUCGAUUGCAUGAAGUCAGCCCUGCCUCAGUCUCAAAAACGCUAUCUCAUACGUUUCUGAUAAGAGUGAACAGUUGGUCUUGACGAAGUGAUAUGAGUUACGUCGCUUUAAAGAUGCCUGAAGACAUGCAUGUUUCAUGUCAGACCACAUCUCACUGCCCAAGAUAACCUGA